AUGGACGAAUAUGGAUGUGGAUUUGGUUCGAUAAUGCUGAUGCUGAUCGUGGUGGUUUUAGUCUUCUUCGCACCACUGGGAAUGGGUCCAUUGCAGCCACCUUCCUAUUCUCUUCUCAUCGUCUUCCCUGUGAUUCUCGUUGCCAUUCUCAUCUUCCUUUCCUACGCGUCCAAGUAA